AUUUGGGUGUUGCAAUCGCGCACAGAUAGCACCCACAGCUAGUCGUGGCUCCAUCUCGGAGGUUAGCUGCAGCCACCGAUGAACCUUGAUGCUUCAAAAACACACGACUGACACUAUUUGCUAACUCGUAAGGCUAUUCAUAGAUUUUUAGAAUGGAAAAUAACACAACAGAUUGAAGAGCGGACAUUUCUUAAAUGAAUUGUGCGUCCGGUUUGUAGCAUUGCUGCUAUUAGUAGAGGUAAUAAGCUAGCGUAAGUUGCUAACAUCCGUUUAGCGUUUACUACUCUCCGUGUAGUGAAACCAGGAAGGAGGGACCAGACCAGGAAUCUUGGCCUCAAAGGUUACCCUACUAUCAGUUGAUAAAAACGAACCAGACCGGACUUGUGAACACAGAAAAGGAACGGUGCUUCAGUGCAACCAUGUCAAAGGCUCCAGAUUCUCCAUUAAAGUCUCGGUCCAAGUCUCGGUCCAGAUCCAGAUCUUACACUAGAUCUCACUCGAGAAGCCGGUCACGAUCAAGAUCCAGGAAACGUCGCUAUAGUUCUAGGUCUCGUUCCCGCUCUCGUUCUCACUCCCCAUCCUACAGAAACUACCCCAGCAGGGACUAUCAGAACAACAGAGGUGGGUUCAGGGGCUACAACCGAGGCUACCGGAGGCCCUACCACUACCGUGGCAGAAACCGAGGCUAUUACCAACGUGGUCAUUACCAGAACAGGGGAGGAGGUGGCUAUGGCUAUAAGUCGAAUUGGCAGAGUGGUGGGGGUGGUGGGGGUGGGGGUGGCGGCGGCUGGCAUGAUCGCCACCAUGACCAGGAUCACCACUCGCACAGCCCAAGGAGGGGUCGAUCACGCUCCCGCACACCUAGAAAGCGUUCUGGCAGCCGCAGCCGGUCCCACUACUCUGAUCGCUCGUCUUCAGGCCGAUCUCGGCGCUCCAGGCGCUCCAGCUACUCUUCCAGGUCCCGGUCGUCAUCACGUCAUCGUAGCAGCAAGGGCAAGCCCAGCGUAAAGGACUCUAAGGACAAGUUAUCAGAAAGCCAAUCAGAGAAAUCUGGCCGCGCAGCUGACGGCAGCGCUAUCGAGAAAGCGUCUGGAGGGAAAUGGAUCGACUAUGACACCAGUCCCAAACGGACCAGUCCAGAAGCUGCUGCUAAGAAAGACGACACUGCCUCUGCUGCUGAGAGCAAAGGGCCCACGAGUGGAGGACCUCUCUGGAAAACCAUCGGCAGCGUGUCCCCCCCAGCGAAGAGCCCCACCAAGUCAGGGCAAACUGCCUCUUUCAGUGGAUUUGGAUUCUUCUCUAAGGAAGACACCAAAGAGGGAGACAAGAGUGUAAUUUCUACUGCAUUCAGGAAGUUUCUGGCUGAGAAUAAAAACAAAAAACAGGCUGCAGAAAAGGACAACAGUCGUGAGAAGGAGCAGAGCUCAGCAGAUAGAGAGUCGGAGAAAGGCAGCAAGUCCGGAGAACUCUUCAACUUGUCAUCCACAUCCUUCAGUGAUUCCAAGGAAGACAAGACCAUGCCUUUCUUUGAAGCUGGAGAAGAGGAGUUCCUCAAGUCCCAUGGUCUGAAGGAGAGGGACAUUGAUGAUGACGGUGAAAUCAAAACCACUCUCACACCACGUGACAUUUUUGGUAAAUGGGGGGAUGAGCCGAGCUACUCGACUUCCUACCCGACGAUUAAGGAGAAAAGUCGAAGAGAUGCCGAAGACGAAGAGCCCAUAGAUCACAUGGAGGAAGAGGUGUACCGAGGCCGCAAGCACAGCUCCAAGAAGGAGGAGAAAGCGAAGAAGAAGGAGAAGAAGGAAAAGUCCAAAAGGAGUCCGUCCCCUGCUCCAGCAUCUUCCAGAGAGAAGGACAGGCCACUGUUUCCUGGCGCCUUUCCUCCUCGUGGAGACUCACCUGUACGUCUGUCUGCAUCGAGGGAGGACUUUGAAACCAAAAUCAGUUCCUUUGAUGACAUGCCCAGCUCGUCCCUAUCUAAAGAUCGUCUCUUGUCCCGAGAUCUACUGAAUCCAUCAAAAAAAGAUGCAGAAUUUCGUUCCAUUUUCCAGCACAUUCAAACAGCACAGCUUCGUCGCAGCCCUUCUGAGCUGUUUGCUCAGCACAUAGUCUCAAUUGUGCACUACAUUAAAGCUCAACACUUCCACUCAUCAGACAUGACUUUAAGUGAGCGGUUUGCCAUGUACCAAAGAAAAGCUGCAGAGGCAGAAAUGAUGAAGCCAAGGAAGAGCCCAGAAAUCCACAGGCGAAUCGAUGUUUCCCCCAGUGCCUUUAAGAGGCACUCUCACCUGUUUGAGGAUAUGGAGGAGACGAGCUACAAGGAUCCAGGUAAAAAGUUCAAAGGUGACGUGAUGGAUCUUCGCCUGGAUAUUGAAAGACGUAAGAGGUUUGCUGGGAAGGAGCGCGGCAGGAGCCCAGGAGGCUCCCGAGGACCGAGCAGAGAGAGGUCCUCUGAGAAACCUGGAAAACACCACAAGAAAUCCAAGAAGGGAAAGAAGAAGCGGGAUCGCUCUCCAUCCUCUUCUUCAUCUUCAUCCUCUCCAUCCCCUUACCCACCUUUCAGAGGUAAAGAGUUCAUGGGGGAGGGGAUGGAGCACUCGGAGGAGGGCUUCGGUCACUCACGCUACCCGCCUCGGGACUACAGCGGGCCCGGGGACAGGGGCUCUCGCGAUUACGAGGGCCACAACAUGGAGAGAGGCCGGGGCCGUGGAUUUUUUCCCAGGGUCAGAGGAAGAGGCUGGAACAGGGGGAACUAUCCUGGCAACAACAGCAAUGGAAACCCUGCCACUAUGAAUCCUCCGGUGCGCCCCCCAGAGGAGGAGUGGGACCCUGAAUACACCCCCAAGAGCAGGAAGUAUUACCUGCACGACGACCGCGACGGUGAAAAAACCUGGGCCGAUAAUCGCGGGAGGGGCCGCGGAUCUUUCCCGACUCGCCGUGGGCGCUUCGUCUACCGAAAGGGAGGCAGCAGCCCGAAGUGGACCCACGACAUGUUCCAGGGAGGAGAGGAGGGGGAGCUGGGAGACGACGGCAUCGAGGUAGACCACAAAGAAGGCAAGGCCGCCGGAGACACCCCCACCUCCAAGCAGUAACCGCCGCCGUCGUCCUGUGUCAGAACGGUUACAGUAAACAAGGCGUUCGUUUUCUUUUCCGCCUCCUUCGCGUCAUCUCAUUAUUUAAUGGUUACAAUGUGUUCAGCGAGUUCAAGCCUUGUUAUAAGAACUGUAGUCGACGUGAAUGAAGAGCAGCACUCUGUGACGUUUGUACGUGAGGUUCAUUCAUAGCUUCAUUUCAGGGUGGUUUUGAUGUAAUGGUGAGUUGUCUUGGCUUUUGCGUUGCAGUUGGUUGAAAAUAAUUAAAUUGUAUCCUGUACGGGAGAAGAUAAUGAAGCGACAAAGUUCUAAAGUAGCGUUUCAGAAAAUAUGACAAUAAAAGUAAUUGUGCCUUAGAAGAUGAUAUUACAAUUAAAUGUACUUCUCUGAUGUUGGACGGUGCACUAUAAGGGGUCUUCGGUGUAGAAAGGUGUUAGACGACUUGCAUUUCAUUUUUUUUGUUUUUGUUUUAAUGUGUUUCUUUGUGUUCGGGGCUGUGAUAAAUCUUUGUUACUGCAUGAAACGUUUGAUCCAUACCUCGCUCAUCGGGACCAAUCAUUAGUGAGCACGGGGCUCAUGCAAAUUAUAAAACAUGGAAAAUGUGGUUUGUCAUUUACAUUAUCUGGUCUUUUUUUCAUGUAGUGCCACUUCACCUGUUGUUUCUUCUUAUGAAAGGAUGAUGUUUUAGUGUUUGAGUUAUAUUCUCAUUGUUUUCAGUUUAAAAAAGAAAAAAAACAACAAAACGUAAAUUGGCACCAAAAAUCCAGAUAUACUUUGCUUUAGAUUAAUAAUUAACAUAGGUUUCUGCCUCUGUCUGAUAAAUUUAGGUAAGUGGCAACCUUUAUUUAGAUUUUUAAUAAGAAAAGGAAUAGUUACUACAAAAAGAUUCUUACAUGUAUAGAUUAUAAGUCCUAAAUUAUUGUAAUCUUAAUGUCAGGAGAGAGAUAAAGUAAUGAAUAUGGUUCUUUUGUAAUGUACAAAUGGCAGUAAUUCUGUCAUAUAGUCUACUGCUAAAAAAAAAAACCCUGCAGUUGAAACUUUAGUGAUUGACCCCGAGAUAAAAAACCCCCAAAACUCGCGGCGAAACAUUUUGUCAAAGGUGAAGGUGAGUUUUUUUUUUUUUAAAGAGUCGACACACAAACUAGGAGAAUCUAGUUUUGUGGCUCUCACUGUGCUGCUUUGUCCACUUUUGACUGUACAUAUUGCAUGUACUAAACAGAACUGUAGGACUUUUUUUGUUUGUUUAAUCUGAAGCUGAAAACUUUUUUACUGUUCAAGAGCUUUGAAGUACUUGUCUUUUAAUUUUCAAUAAAUUUUUCUUUGAUUCAGGGCA